CUUGGAUACGUAAUCAUCCCAGAAACAAAGUUUGCACUACAGCAGACGGACGAAGCUCAAAUAAUAAUAUUAAAAUGAAAUUGUUUCUUGUCUUAACCCUGGUUGCUGUUGCUUCCGCGGCUCCUCAAAAUCCACAGGAUGUUCAGAUCCUACGAUAUGAUUCUGAUAAUUCUGGCUUAGGUUCAUACAGCUUUGCCUGGGAACUAUCUGAUGGAAGCAAACAUGAAGAACAGGGACAGUUAAAGAAUCAAGGAACUGAAGCUGAGGCUUUGAGUGUGCAAGGACAGUAUGCGUGGGUUGGCCCUGAUGGUGUGACAUAUACUGUCACUUAUUUGGCUGACGAAAAUGGCUACCAACCCCAGCUCCAACAGAGUCCCGGUGGAUCAAUACCAUCAGCAGUCAUAGAAUCUUUUCUCGGUUAAAAAUAGAUUAAAACGUUAAUUAUAAAUAGAAUAACACUCAUUAACAGUAUAUAAUAUUUAUGUACUGAUUAUAAGUUUAACGUUAAUAUAACAUAUUUACAUAAA